GUCACCGUGAUGUGCAGCAAGUGACCAGCACCGAGAUCCUCCAGGCCAGAGUAAGGUGAGGUAAGCAGCAGCCCCUUCACCACCUCCUCCUCUAGGCACCGGCACCACCUCCUCCAGGCACCACUCCACCUACUCCAGGCACCACUCCACCUACUCCUCCAGGCACCACUCCACCUACUCCUCCAGGCACCGGCACCUCCUCCUCCAGGCACCCCUCCACCUCCUCACUACCGGGCACUGUCACCUCCUCCUCCAGGCACCCCUCCACCUACUCCUCCAGGCACUGUCACCUCCUCCUCCAGGCACCCCUCCAACUACUCCUCCAGGCACCCCUCCACCUACUCCUCCAGGCACUGUCACCUCCUCCUCCAGGCACCCCUCCACCUCCUCGUAACUCACCAACAACAUUAACACAUCAACUAACAUUAACACGGUGUGGACUCGUAAUCGUUGGACACCAGACCAGCAACACUUGCAACAUUCUAGUGUGUGAGUGGCAGUCAUGAGGAGCAACAGCACAUUGAGACUUGUUGGUGACAAAGUGAUUCUUGUGCCAUACAAGAAAUUGCACGUGGAAAAGUACCACCAGUGGAUGCUCUCACCGCAGCUCCAGGAGCUCACUGCCUCGGAACCUCUUACCUUGGAAGAGGAGUACCAGAUGCAGCAGUCUUGGUUUAUAGACGAUGACAAAUGCACCUUUAUAAUACUUGACAAAGGACUAAUGCUGGAGACAAAUUCUGAAGUUGAAGCCAUGAUUGGGGACACAAACCUUUUCUUGGUUGAUCCUGGGGACAGAUCUCUUGCUGAAGGAGAGAUCAUGAUAGCUGAAUCUGGGUUUCGCAAACAAAAACGUGGCUGGGAGGCAAUGCUGCUCAUGUUCCGUUAUGGAGUCGAGGCUCUCGGAAUCACAAGAUAUCAAGUUAAGAUAGGGUUAAGCAAUACCCCAAGCAUAAGCAUGUUUAAAAAAAUGCAUUUUGUUGAAGUAGGCAAGUCAGAAAUUUUUCAGGAAGUGUCUUUAGAGGUACAGGUUAAUGAUAAGUGGAAAACGUGGUUAUUGGAAAAUACCAAAUGUUAUGAUAUUACACCAUAUGAAAAUGGUAAUGAUAAUUAAUUUCCAUACUUUAUAGCUUGUGGAAAUUAGGUACUUGUGACCUUGGAGAGCACUGAUUUGUCACAUGUAUUGUUUAUUUAUUUAUUGAUAUAUACAAGAGUUCUUACAUUCUUGUGCAGCUACUAGUAUGCUUAGCAUUUCGGUAAGUCCUUAAUCCUGUUACCUAGAAUAUGACCCUGCGAAAAAUCGUUUAACAACCAGUACCCAUUUUACUGUUGAGUUAAACAGAGGCUACAGUUAAGGAUUUGCGCCCAGUAAAUCCUCUCCGGCCAGGAUACCAAUCCAGGACAAAGCAUUCACGAAACGCCAGGCGAGCGUCUUAACCACUACACCACGGGAACAUAUGUUUAGCUUUAACCUGUUCUUUUUGUCUUGUUGAAAUUAUUCAGUCUGAAGAAUAUAUACUGUACCAUAUUAUCAGCAUUGGAGUUUAAAAAUUAUGCCUAACGCCUAACUCCUUAAACGUUAAGAUGCCUAACGGUUGCCAAACUCCUGGGUACUAUUUACUACUAGGUGAACAGAGACAUUAGGUGAAAGGAAAUGUGAGCAACCAUUUUUGUCCCACCCAGUAACUGAACUCAGCAUCCCCAAUUGUGUAUCGAGAACAAAACCAACUCUACUUACCAACUGACCCUAAUGUGUAUAUACACACACAUAUAUACACACCUAAUCAAUUCAGUGUAACAUAUCUUACCCUCUAAAGGUCAAUCUAUGUUUUGCUAUUAUUGAACAUCAAAGAUGAAUGACUGAACUUGUAACACUGCUGAUAUUUGAAUUGUAAAAACUUAAACAGUUUUAUUCCUUCUUUUUAUUUAGUUUAAAUUACUAUUUGCUGUUCUGUUGCAGUUUCUGCUGUUUCAUUUAACAUGUAAAUAUUGUCACACUUUUUUUUUCCUACUUCAGUUCAAUUUUAGCUUUUUGAUCUCGACUAGUUUUAAGUCUGUUUUUAAGUUUAUUUGUCCAUAUCUUGCCUGAAAUGCUGUGCGUAUUGGUGGCUUUAAGCAUAGUGUAUACUUGCUCUAUCUAGAAAUCCAACAUUUUUCUUGUAACUCAUUUUGUUUGUACAUACAGUAUUUUCCCUAAAUAUACAUUAUUAUUAUUAUUAUUUUUAUAUUAUGUAAACAUUCUGUAUUACAAUAUUGGAAGAUAUUCAGAUGUAAAGUUGUCAUAUCAAGCUGUGGUUCAGCUCAUCCCAUUAUUUACAGUAUUAUCAAUGUUUGUAGUAGGAGAAAGAGGUGGUGUGGUUCACUCCCUAACAUAUUUGGCUUUUGAAUUUAAAUAUGUGGAAGGGAGGGAUAGUGUCACUGGCACCCAAGGGAGUGCGGUGAGAUAAAGCACACAGCCUUGUUCAUGACUGGCACACACCCUGGCAGCUUUAGCAUGUGCAAGGUGCAUGCUACACAUGGUGAUUAACCCAUAGUGCAAUUAUAGUGUGAAUUAAAACACCAUUUGAAUCAUCAGAA